UAUCACCAUGAGGUCUAUAAGAUCUCAGAAUUCACCAACGAUAUUAAUGGGGAAGCCAAAGAGACACAACCCAUUUUUUUAGGAGAUGAAAGCAUGGAAAUUAAAAAACAAAUUACAGGGAUGAGAAGAUUAUUGAAUGACAGCACUGGAAGGAUAUAUCAGCGUGUAGGCAAAGAAGGAGAAAAAUUAAAAGAAGAGCCCCAGGAUUUGGAUUUAGUGUGGCCUCAACGUUUGAACUCCUCCACUGAGCCUCCACAGGGCCUCCACCCUUCCCGUGGUGUGUGGAAUGAGCUACCACCCCAAAGUGGGCAGUUCUCAGGACAGUAUGGCACACGUUCUAGGACCUUCCAGAGUCAGCCCCAUGUUGCUGUGAGCUCCAAUGGAGAACUUCCAGUGGUGAACUCGUCAGUUGAAUCAAACUGCUGUACUUGUAACUGCCAGUCAACGUUACAAGCCAUUCUUCAAGAACUCAAGACCAUGAGGAAAUUAAUGCAAAUCCAAGCAGUUGGAACUCAAAACAGACAACAACCCCCAAUUUCCCUUAUAUGCUCCCAGCGAACUGCAGUCUCACGCAAGAGAACUAAAAAGAGAAAAUUGCCCCCAAAGAGCAUGGAAGCUGUUACUGAGAAACAGAAGGCCAGUGUGUUAGAAAUCGAGACGAAGCCAGCAGCAGGGGCCUCAGAGCCUCAGCCAGGACUCCCAGCCCCCCAACACACCUCCGCUGAAGAGAGCCACGUUCUGGGAUUUGGCAUUGUUCUCGAAUCGCCUUCCUCAGAUCCAGAAGUGCAACUUGCUGAAGGCUUUGAUGUGUUUAUGCCCAAAUCUCAGCUGGACUCUAUAUUAUCAAACUACACUCGCUCAGGAAGCCUUCUGUUUAGAAAACUGGUGUGUGCAUUUUUUGAUGACAAGACUUUGGCUAACUCCUUACCCAAUGGGAAGAGGAAAAGAGGACUCAAUGACAACCGGAAAGGACUAGACCAAAAUAUUGUGGGUGCAAUAAAAGUUUUCACUGAAAAAUACUGUACUGCUAACCAUGUGGAUAAACUUCCUGGCCCCCGAGACUGGGUACAAAUUCUACAGGAUCAAAUUAAACUUGCCAGAAGAAGGUUAAAAAGAGGCUCAGCAGAGGUAGCUGACGGUGAUGAAAGACUGGACAGCAUUUCUCUACCACCAACAGUCUUUUUCAGAUCUCUUUCCUGAAAGCAGUCCCUUUGCAGGUUUGGUAAACUCCUCCCUUACAAACCUGCGCUUUUGUUUUUCUGCAGCAGAUGCUUUUAAAAAAAAAAUGGUCUCCUGCCUCCCAGAAUGAAAUAUUCCUGAACGAACGAGAAGAGAUUAAUUAGUGCCCUUCCACUCUGUUAAACUAUGAUGAAUAUAACCGUAGUUCCGCUUAGUCUGCACCGUGACCCUUGAAAAGUACUCCCUUCCAAGUCUGGUGGCAGCUUGGUGCUGCCACUACUUGAGGAGGGGUAGAGUUGUUCAGCUCACAGUUAUGUGCAAUGGAUUCCUAAGGUGGAAUCUACAUAAACAGUGAAAUCAUAUUUUGUCAUUUAAAAUUGUAUUUGUGUUAACUUACUGUGACUACUGUUCAGACUUUGUUCAAAAAUCCUUUUUUAUAGGUUUUCUUAGCAAAAAAAAAACCAUAUCUAUGGAUAACAUGUCUCAAUCUUCUGUAUAUAUGUUUUAUUAAUAUGUAAAUAUUUAGAUUUUUUUAAAUUACUAUGUUCUUUAAAAAAAA